AUGUCGAAUAACUUCUUCAUCCUCAAGGGCUUGACGGCCCUGAGUUUGGACAAGCUGCCUACACCUCUCUGGUCUGCUGCGCUAGUUGUCGCCGCCGCAACGCUCCCAGCAAUAUGGAUCUAUCGUCUAGCCCUCCACCCACUAGCUAAAUACCCCGGCCCCAAACUCGCAGCCUGCUCCAGCCUCUACUUCAUGUACUACAUCUGGACCGGCUACUUCCCGCAGCACUGCGAGACGCUCUUCCGCCGCUACAAAUCGACCGUGAUCCGUGUCGCACCUGGGCAACUCGUCUUCAACGACCCACGCUCCAUCAAAGACAUAGUGGGCCGCAGCGACGUAUAUCGCGGCAACUUCGCUCUCCGCGUCAUUGGCUUCGCCGGGACAAACGUGUCUAAUAUUCGCGAUCCCGGAGAACACCGUCGCAAGCGCCGCCUUAUGGCCCCGGGGUUCUCUAAUACGGCGUUGAAUGCCCAGGAGCCUGGUAUCGUGGUGCCGAUUGUCGACAAGCUUGUGAGCCGCAUUGCAGGCGCGGAGACGGAUGUUGUGAACCUGUCUGACUACUUUGACUGUGCGACGCUGGAUAUCAUUGGGGCAUUAUCGUUUGGCGCGAACUUCGCCAUGCUGGAUAAGCUACAUGAUCAUCCGUUUCUGCACGUCUUGCCUAAUGUGCUGCGCUUGUCAGUCAUUGCACAAUGCAUCCCCGAGGUGUUUCGCUUCCUCUCCUUUAUCAACCGCCAUGGGCCGGCCUGGAUGACUCCAAAGGCAUUCCGCGGAGUUGUGGAUUUCGCAGGGUACCAUCUCAACAUGCGGAGGCAGCGCGACGAUACUGAAUUCGAUCUGGGCAGUCGUCAGGACAUCAUCAGUAUUAUCGCUGCGGGGAACGAAAAGUUCAAAGGCCAGGCGGGGUAUGCGCAUCUCGGAAAGUAUGAAAUGCUGGGUGAAGCGACGAAUCUCGUAACUGGUGAGACUUCCUUCCGUCAUAAGAUCAAAAGUGUAGAUAAAUUAACAAGACCAGGCGGAGGGGACACCGUCGCCACAGCACUAACAAACACAUUCUGGCACCUGGGCCAGAACCCAGCCGUAUACGAACGUCUGGUGUCGGAAAUCCGCUCCGAAUUCCUCACUUCAGAAAGCAUCGUGUCGCCCAAAGUCGCGCAAAAGAUCCCAUACCUGGACGCCGUUAUUAACGAGUCGAUGCGCGUGUCACCCGUCUUGCCGGGCCCGAUGUGGCGACACACGGACAACCCGAUCCCCGUCGCAGGCCACAUGGUGCCGGCACACACGGAGCUGGGGGCGAUGCGCUACAACAUCUUCCGUAACCCGGAAGUGUUCCACCGGGCGGAUGAAUUCCUGCCGCAGCGGUGGAUGGACCGGAAUGGAGAGUUUAAGAAUGAUGACUUGGAGGCUAGUCAGCCGUUCGGGCUAGGCCCGCGCACUUGUAUUGGGAGGAAUAUUGCGUGGAUGGAAUUGCGGUUGAUUGUGGCGAAGCUGCUGUGGCACUUUGACUGGGAGGCUGUUACCAAGGAGUGGAAUUGCCCUGAGUAUUUGGUUCUUUAUCGAGGGGCGAUGCUGAUGAAAGCAAAGGCUAGAGUGUGA